AUGGCGCGUUUGCUCUUUGCUCUUACCCUAGCAGCUGCCGUGGCUGAUGAGUGCCCUUUGGAAGGCUGCGAGGAGGCCGGGCUGAUGCAGCUCCAGGGCAAAAAGGAGAACGUGGUGCAUGAGGCUGACCAGGACCGUCCACGUCGUGAUCGACGAGAUAGCCGCUACGAAAGCUAUCACCACUACAAACAGUACAGCUAUGGACCUUCGCCACCUACUCGGCAGUCGACGACAAGUGAACCGGCAGACCCCUCGACGACAACUGCAACACCGGCGCCCCCGCCGCCACUGAAAUGCGAGGAUGCUGAGCCCCAAGCUCCGCGCAAUGUCAGCUGCGGCUUUGUUGGAGAGAAGAAGGCCAGAGUCAAACCUUUGGAUUCCGACUCCGUUAUCAAGUUCAUCCAGUGCAACCUCCACUUUCACUUGGGGGCGGAGCACCUCAGUGCUGGUGAAUAUGAUCUUGACUCUCCACCACCAGGAACUGAAAAGGCCUCAACGGUUACGCCUGGAAAGUUCUGCAGCGUUUGCGACAUCCCGCCCGUGCAGCUUGAGCCAUAUGAAUUUGAGUAUUGCAAGAAUGUCUCAGUGGGCAACACCUACGAAUUCCACUGGGUCUUCUCGACCGGCGCCCCGCUGGUCGGCUUGCGUGACGAUGGCGAGGAGGGCCAGCUGGGCAUCACUGAUGGCUUGGGCGGUGCCCUGAACCGAACGAACAACCCAAAGGUCAUCGUGCGUGGCCAGGCUUGCCGCAUCAUCAACAACGCCUCGCUUGACACGGAGGCAAAGAUUGAAGCGGACUAUGCAGACUUCCUCACGCAGUGGCGCACGCCACCCGCAGGGCAGGGAGUUCGAUACAUGGGCUCCACCACUGGCGACGCCUUCAACGACGAAGUCUGUUCACCGAUCGAAGUGAAUUGGCAUAUGGACACCAAGUGCUGCACACUGUCGGCUCAGGCCUUCGACAGGACUUGCAAGGCAAUGUACGAUGAGGGCUUGCGCGACGACCUGAAGCCGAAAGGUUCUCGGGCCCCGGUGUCGGCAGCAAAUUCAGCGAAGGUGGUCUUUCCGCUUAGUGAGCCCACGUGCAGCAACUAG